AUGAAGAGCUGGCUCCGGACCUUGAGCCUGACGGCCUUUUUGGCCGGUGCAGUGCUUGCCAAUGAUGUGAUACUGAAAUCCGAUGAAACGCACAGACAACAAUGCUCAGGGAUGUAUAGUCGCAAGUCCUGGGGCGGCAGUGUAGACCCCUUUAUCCUCGUCAAAUUCACCAAAACCAACGCCGAAGAAGGUACACCUCUCGCCAGCUUGGUGAUAUUUGAAUGGAGUGAUGAGGAAUUGAUUGGAGAAUACCGGUCCGAUAACGCCGAGCUCAAGGAAACUAUAUGUGACGAGGCGAACAUCGAAGCAAAGCUUUGCACAAAGGACCAGAUCGGCUCUUUUAUUCUUACUAGUAAUGCGACCGACGCCUCUCUCAGCCCCAUCAUCUCGAAAGCAAUCAACCUCAAUGACCCAGAUGCUGUAAAGUACCCCGUGCGAAACACAGGCUUCUAUUGUGUCAGCACAUAUGCAUACUCUGGAGAAGAUUAUACAGCCGUUGUCACUUUCCGAAAUGCGUAUGGUGAGCUUCCAGCUGCUCAAAUCGCCAAGCUCCCCUUCUAUGGGUCUCUGACCAUUGUGUAUGCUGUCAUCGGAGCGUUCUGGGCUUUCCUCUAUGUACAAAACCGCCACGAUAUCUUACCUGUUCAAAACUAUAUCACAGCUAUCCUUGUAUUCUUGAUUGUUGAGCAGCUGAUGACCUGGGGAUUCUACGAUUAUCAAAACCGACAUGGUUUGAACGCUAUGGCUAAGGCAUUGAUGGUGAUUGUUGCCGUUCUCAACGCAGGUCGAAAUGCCUUUUCAUUCUUCCUUCUUCUUAUUGUCUGUAUGGGAUACGGUGUGGUUAAACCCUCCCUCGGUCGAACAAUGAUCUUCGUCCGCAUCUUGGCCAUUGCACACUUCAUUUUUGCUGUGGUCUACUCAGUUGCCAGUUUGUCAAUUACCCCAGAUAGCGCCGGGCCUCUUGUCCUUCUAAUCGUUCUUCCUCUUGCUGGAUCCUUGACAGCUUUCUAUGUGUGGACUUUGAACUCGCUCAAUGCCACGAUGAAGGAUCUUAUCGACCGGAAGCAGAAGACCAAGGCUUUGAUGUACAAAAAACUAUGGUGGUGCAUUCUCGGCAGCAUCGUCGUUAUCUUCGGCUUCUUUUUCAUUAACUCCUUCGCCUUUGCUGGUCACAGCGAUGCCGACUUUGUGCCAGAGCAUUGGAAGGCACGGUGGUUCGUGCUGGAUGGCUGGCUCAAUCUGGUAUAUUUGUUCGACAUCGCCUUCGUGGCCUAUCUAUGGCGACCAACCGCCAACAACCGACGUUUCGCCAUGAGUGAUGAGCUCGCCCAAGAUGACGAUGGGUUCGAAAUCCGUUCCUUUGGAAGUGGACUUGAUGAAGAAGAUCCUUUGGAUGCUCCCCCUGAAUAUCCCGGCAGCUCGGCUGCGGAGGCACGCCGUGAUCUGUCGCCGGUACCACCAAAGCCAUUCUCCUCGGGUCAAUACACACGUGCGUCCCUUGACGAAGAGACAAUCUUCGCAGUGGGCGAAGAAGAUGGUGACAAGUGGUCUGACGAUGACGAAUCACCACGUAACUCCGGCGAGAGACAACGACUGACACAUUAG